CCUUGUACACACUGGGUGUUGUAGGUUCAGGUCUCCACAGAAAGGGGAAAAAACAGAAUGAGAUCAAAAUUGUAAGGCGCACACAGGCUACCUCUCAAUUGGCGGGAUUUUGUGCGUACGGGAAAAGGUUGACAAUUUGUCUUCAAUGAAGGAAAGUCGAUUGUGCCGUCAUUUCUGUUGUCGUUACUUGGCUAAAACGUGAGCUAUCGAGCAAGUUUAGAGUUUUGUCGACGUCAUUACCGUAAUAUAAAAAGAAACCAAGCGAAAGAAAUUUUGAGUUAAAAAACUUUCAUUAUUUGGGAUUCCACCAUUGGUGUAUGGCGUCACGAGGCGAAAACAUGCGCCUUUUGGCUUUGUGAGAAUUACGGUAGAUGCUAUUAUCCAAGCGAAUCAGCCCCAAUAACAAAUGGAGGCAGCUUGCCAUGCUAAAAAAUAAACGUCUUUUGCCGUGCAGAGACAGUUGUCUGUGACUUUCCUUUGCCAUUGCAGAGAACGUACUUUUCUGAAGGCAGGAGGCUCAGUUUUUUCAGAGGCUUUAGUUUUUGUUGUCUUUGUUUUUUUGCCAGCGAAGCAUCUGCUUGGGUUGCCGGUAGCCCGGUUAGCUAGCUAACAAGGGUGGCACCUGCUAGUGCACUGUUGCUUGGAUUGCUUGUGUUGUACUGUACCUACCUCAUCCAGAGAAGCAAGGGAAACGUUAUGGAGUUUCCUUUCAAUAUCAACCACUUGUUUCCUGAGAGGUUCUCCAUUUUGGACAAGACCCUUGUUGCGGGGCGUAUGUCUCCGAGAAGGCCAGAACUUCAAUCCCAUAUAGCCACUGUGAUUGAUGAACUGGGGAGAGCCUCAGCAAAGGCCCAAAAGCUAACCACGCCCGUCACGAGCGCUACCAAGAUGCAGUCUCAGCAUCAUCAACUCUACCUGAUGAAGGAUGGAGAAAGCCAAGGAGGCCGUGGCGCAAUUGUGGGAUUUCUCAAGGUUGGCCACAAGAAGUUAUUUCUGCUUGAUCCGCAAGGUUUGCACGUAGAGGCGGAGCCACUCUGUGUUUUGGAUUUCUUCAUCGCUGAGAAUUUGCAGAGACACGGAAACGGACUGGAGCUGUUUCAUUUUAUGUUGCAGCACAAGAAGAUGGAGCCAGCGCUGAUGGCGUAUGACAGGCCUUCGCCCAAAUUGUUGUCUUUCCUGGCCAAGCAUUACCACCUGACGCAAAGUGUUCCCCAGGUCAAUAACUUUGUGGUGUUCGAUGGCUUCUUCCAGAACAAAUCAGUGGCCCAACCGAGAUCGAUUGCCACGAGAAAGCCCGACGGCGAGAUCAAACCCUACUCCAUAGCGGAGAGAGAAGCGGUGCGUCAGGAGCGCCGGAGUCUCCCCUGGCCGUUUGCCGCGCCCCAAUCUCCCCAGCGCUCCCUCAGUGUGGGGUCAUCGCCCACCAGGACCGUCACGUCUGCACCCGGGGACCAGAGCCCAAACUUCCCUCUCGUCUCAACAUCCCGGGAAAGACGCCCCAGCCAACAGGGUCAAGUUGCCAGAGACGGCCUGUACAGUCGCCACCUGGACCCCAAAUCUUUGGGAGCGCUGGGAAGACCCCUGCCAGGUGUGAUAUCGGCGCAAGACCAACCAGGCAUUUUGGGGGCGACGGAAACGCACAGGUUGGGGGCACUGCCGAAACUACAAAGCAGGUGCGCGGCGUCUCCACAACGACCCGCACCUGAGGACAAUGGCGUUUGCGGGCCGACAUCCCUCUCCAACAAAAAACUCCACCUCGGAACAGAGGCCGACGCGGAAGCGGGAUCUCCCGCCGAUGCCGGGAGCGGGUUGACGGCUCCGUUGCAAAGUCAGACGCAUUCAGCGGAGGGCAGAGAGCGAGAAGGAAUGGAGCGCGUCCCUUCCCACACCGGCGCCAAUGGCCGCUUUUCUGCCCAGCAAGUGAAAUGGCUGCUGUCGAGCAGGGCCACGUGUCCGUGGUGAUGGCCGGGUUGUCCAGGGACUGGGCCCAUCUUUCCAGUUCUUCUCGACUGAUGGCGUGCCUCUUACUGUGGCCCACCUGGCUCCACUGACGCAUGAAGAGCAGCCGUGCCCUCCUCUCUUUGGCACUGUACACGGGCGAGACAACACAGAGAGAAGAGGCUAACGGCGUUCUGGACCCGUUUGCAAAGGACUCCAAAGUCAAAAGUACAUGAAGGUAACCCAACCCGGAUGUCGCCGAGGCACCAAAGGACUGUUUCAAAGUGCUCGCGGGAGAAAGGAGAGAAGCUGGAUUGGACAACGGCACCACUCGGCCGCUCCAGUUUUCAAAUCACUGUCCGCUUUAAAUGCCAAGUAUUGGAAGAAAAACAUCUUCGUUUUUGAUUCGAAUCCUUCCGCCCUACUCUGAUGUAACACGACACAAAAUCUCAUGCAUAAAGUACUGAGCACGUGUCGAA